UGUGCAAUCGAUUGCACAUUAGUGAUGAGAGCGAUUCUCCUGGCGAGAAAACAACAAAAUUCACUGCGUAAUUAAUUGAGUAUUUUCAUAAAAUUGAGGCGAACCACAAAGAAACAACUCGCAGACUGUUCAUUAAGUGUUCAUAAAAACGCCAAAAUCCAAACGAAAGAACCAUCGUAUCCGAGUGAACCAGCCCUCCAACAUACAUAACAAUGGCCAGCCGCAGAAAAUCACUCCUGAAAGUCAUCAUUCUGGGUGACAGCAGCGUGGGCAAGACCUCGCUUAUGAAUCAGUAUGUAAACAAACGCUUCUCCAACCAAUACAAAGCUACGAUCGGAGCUGAUUUCUGCACGAAAGAGGUGGUUGUCAACGACCGAGUUGUCACAAUGCAGAUCUGGGACACUGCUGGCCAGGAACGCUUCCAGUCGCUCGGUGUGGCCUUCUACCGCGGCGCUGACUGUUGUGUGCUCGUCUACGACGUGACGGCACCCAACUCGUUCAAGAAUCUCGACUCAUGGCGCGAUGAGUUCUUAAUACAGGCCAGUCCACGCGAUCCCGAGCACUUUCCCUUUGUGGUGCUAGGAAACAAGGUGGACCUGGACAACCGUCAGGUGUCCACGCGUCGGGCGCAGCAGUGGUGCCAAUCGAAGAACGACAUACCCUACUACGAGACGUCCGCCAAGGAGGGCAUCAACGUGGAGAUGGCGUUUCAAAUCAUAGCCAAGAAUGCGCUCGAGUUGGAGGCAGAGGCUGAGGUCAUCAACGAUUUCCCCGAUCAGAUUACCUUGGGCCCACAAUCCAAUCGUCCUUCAAACCCUGACAACUGUCAGUGCUAAUGCAAUAGCAGUCGCAGCGGGAUUAUUACACAAUCUAUAUUAUUAAAUAAUAUUUCCAACAUAAUAAUAUGAACAAGAGAAGCAAGCAACUCGGUGGACGACGAUGGAGGAGUGUUCUAUGUUUAAGUAAAACAAUUUCAGCAACAACAGCAUAGUAAUUAAUUAACAGAUAGGAUGCAAAGAUCAGAUUCAGAUUUAACAUCGGCAGACGCAGCAGACUCUAGGCAAGGGCUUUAACCGCAAUAUUCCGGAAUCCAACCAAAUUCACGACCCAAUCGUUUAAUAAGUAAAAAAUCAGUGCUCUGUGUGCUCUCGUAUUUAAAAAUUCAUGUUAAUGACCGCCCGCCUUCUCCCUAGUACUAUUUUCGCCAUUUAAUUAGUCAAAUUUUGCACGCAACCGCUGCAAGCUUUGCAACAAUAACAACAACAACAGUAACAACAUUGAGUA